UUCAAAAUGGGCUGUACUCAAUUAUGCUGAGCAUUGUAUAUUAUAUAUAAAUAUAAGCGCACCUCUGGGUCUGGCCGCGCGAGGCCGCUGUUUCUCCCUCAGCUGACAAUGAGCGGCAAUCAGCGCAGCAUCCCCGCAUCACACUGGAGGAUGCUGGCAACCAUGUCUGAAAAAACACACACAUAUGGCUGACGAGCUGGAAACGGCGAUGUAGCUUUGAAGAUGCCAUCUUUUCUCGUCUCUCGUUUUCUCUUCUUCCUCAUUCUGUCCGUUUUUAAAGGCACAGCCGGCAAAUCGCUCCCCGAGAGAGAAGCUGUGGAGGUGCAGGUGAGGGUGCAGGUGUUUGACGGUGGUGACCUUUCACCUUUGCCCAACGCCGCUCUUGCUGUUCAUGGAAACCAGAGUCUGCUUGCGCAGAGCCGUGCAGGCAGCGACGGCGUGCAGGUGGUCAGCUUCACGUACCGCACGGGAACAUGGGUAAUCAUAACAGCAUCCCAGAGAGAUUACCUCACCAGCUCAGUGCCAUGGCACGCCAGCCGUCUGCCCUUGUAUGCCUCGGUCAGCCUUUACCUGAUGGCCCAGAAGCCCGGCACACUGAUCCUAUAUGAUGAUGUCAUCCAGGUGUUUCAUGGCUCCCCAAGUGGGCGGAGCCAGCCGUGGCUGCAGGUUCCAAGGCGGAGCCUACAGUUUAACUCCUCCUACACAGAACUGACGGCAGUUUUAACAACAGCAAGAGAGCAGAAUGAAAUCAACUCCUUCCCUUACCCACUCGCUCUGGAACCAAACAACACAGGAGGAGAAAAUGGCUGGACGGACCUGACAACGAUAGCAGCAGUCAGUGCACAGUUGUUUGACCGCGAGGGCCGAGCUGUUGAAGUCAGUGAGCCUGUCCACAUCUCUGUGCCUCUGCCGUCUGAUACACACAUACGAUCUGCCAGCAGCAUACCUGUAUGGAUGUACGACACCAAGACAGGACUUUGGGUUCGAAAUGGAACAGGAUUUAUCAUUCGAGAGGGAUCUCAGCUAAGAUGGGACUUCACUGCGUCCCAGCUGGGCUACUGGAUCGCUGCCUUCCGAGCUUCAUCAGGCUCAGGUUUGUCUCACCCAGGCCUGAGGGACAUCACGGCCUACCACACCUUCUUCUUGCUGUCCAUCCUGGGAUCUCUCGCUCUGCUUGUGCUAGUCUUGCUCUGUGUCUUACUCUACUACUGCAGACGAAGGUGUCUGAAGCCCCGACGGCAGCAGAAACAGGUUCAAGUUCCAUCUGCUUUGAAUGGAUCCAGGAAGGACCAAGGCACCUCCACGUCCCACUUGAACCUCAUCUGCGGAGGCCAUGUUGAAUCUGCUGCCUCCAAUGGCAACUUGGACGCCAAUAAAUCCGAGGGAUCCCCAUCCCAUGCCUUCAAAAGUGCCCGAGAUGAGUUUACCCGGCACAUUCCUGCCCAUAAGCUACGCCAUUCCUCAAAGAACAAGCAAUCCAAAGGAGCCCAAAGAAAUCCCGAGAGUUUCCCCAUGAAGGUGCAUCAAUCUACAGAUACAAGCAAUCUGGAUAGCAAUCUUCUACAUGAAAACUACGGCCGCAACUACAGUUCUGACGACAAGGAUCAAGACUAUCGCCGCAGACAUGUUGUCAAUGAUAACCGAGGCUACACAUCCGACCCGCCUUCCCCACCACUUGUUGACAAGCCUCCAGAGUAUUCACAGGUUUUGCAAGGGCCAGAUCAUCUCGCUCGUCCAACAUCACUCAACACACAACCAGGUCAGAUUAUAUUCUGCAGCUCAUUAGAUCAGAUGAAGGAGAACAUGUAUCGUACUAUGGUACCAACUCUUGUAAUCCCAGCCCACUACAUGAGGUUCUCCUCUGAGUUUGGUGGCUCAGAUCAAGGUAAGGAUGGAACAAAUCAAUCAGAUCGAGAUGGACAGAGUUCACAAGGUACCAGCAGUGGGAUUCAAAGCCAAAUCCAUCAAGGACAGACCCCAGGAUCAGGACAUACCGAUGGCCAGCAAGGUGCAUCUCCUGCAGGCUCUGAUGACAGCGUUUGGCCCUCCAGUGGUACACCAGCUCCGGUCCACAUUCCAGUUUUAUUCAAUGACUCCACGAUUUCACAGAUGAACGGAGAGCUGCAAGCACUUACAGAGAAGAAGCUUCUGGAACUGGGGGUGAAGCAGCAUCCUCGGGCAUGGUUCAUCUCUCUUGACGGACGCGCCAAUGCUCACGUACGUCACUCAUACAUUGACGUAGGUGCUGAUCACGGCCAUAGUGGAACACACAGUGGAAACCACAGCGCCCAAAGCACCUUGAGUGCCCCAGCUGGGAGUAGUAAGGACCGAAGCAUUGAUGCAAGUCUACAAGACACCCAACAUGAUCGCAAAUCUGCAUCUGGUCGCAAGACCAAAGAGGAGCACCAUGGAAGCAGCCGUAAGGGGCAUGGAGGAAGCAGCUUUGGUGGAGGGAAACACUACUCCAAACCUGCCUACCAUGACCCGCUUGACCUAAGUGGAGGGGUGAGUCGGAUGGGGGCGAGUUCGCCAUUGGAAAACCCUCUAACGCCUCUUUUGGAUGAUGGUCCCGAAGAGCCAAGGGGGUCUUCAAUGCCGAGAAGGGGUCGAAGCAGGGGGAACAGCUCACGUAGUAGCAACAGCGAAACGCAGCGUGACUCCGUUACCAGCCCUGAAGAUGACAAUGAUCUUGAUGACAAGGAGGAGAACAAGAAGAGCCCCUGGCAGCGUAUUGAAGAGCGCCCCCUCAUGGUGUUUCAUCCGAAGAAGUAGAGCAAGAAAAUCAAUCCCAACAGCUGCCUUGACCGAUUAGCCAAACUAGAGAUGUGUUCAAAUUGAAGUUUCACUCAACUAUAUUCAAAGGAUGACUAUCUGUGUCUUUAUAGUUUGAUGGACAUUUCACAUAAGAUUGUUAUGCCGUUGGAUUUAUUUUUGGCUUUCUAUGACAACAGACUUCCACUGAUCAAUUUGAAUGCAUCUCAGGGGUCAAAGAACACAAAUUAGGUGGCAUCAUACCAUCUUAGUGUUUUGCACACCAAGGAUUACACUAAAUCCAAGACUAGUUAAGGUGAGGAGAACGCCAUUGCAGAUGGAAGAACGCAAGAAACCAAACAACUGGGCGAGUGCAUUAAAAUAAAGCACAACACAUCCACACAAUAUUUCCAAAUGAAUCAGAAAUACUCAAGUACCUUUUCCCUCUCAAUGGCUUCAACGUUUUGAAUGAAUGGAUUUCUCGAAUACUUCGAUAAGUUGGAUCAAGACCUUGAUGUUUACCAAGAACUCCAUGUUAAACUUUUAGAGACCUGUUUCCUUAUGUUCUAAUGCAGUAUAUUCCUUGGUAUUUCUGCUUAUUCUUUUACCUUCAGUACUCAUUAUUAUGAUGUCAGUUCCUCAUUCGAUCUUUCAUAAUAAUUUUAUACGUAAUGUACAUCGCUAAUCCAGAAUUUCAGAUUUCAAACAUUCCAGAUUUUUUACCGCUAGUCCUUAAUUAGUAGAUUCAGUGCAUUUAAGUUUAAUGUUCACAUUUGUUUGUGAUGUGAUGUUAAAGCAAUUUAUGAAGUCAUCAUACCGUGCAUUUUUAAAUUUAUUGUAUUAUAAAAUCCUGUCCUUUUUAUACCACAUUUUCCAUUCAAGUGCGGAUCUUGAGUCUAGUAUUUGAGGAUGUGAUUGAUUGAAACUCAGCACUUGCGUUAAAGUGUAAAGUGUUUCAAAUAAUGUUUGUGGAGCCCGUUUUCACUUGAGGAGGAAUGAAAUUAAAUGAAAAAGCAUUGACAGUGAAA